AUGGUGUCGACAUGUACCGAAGGACGGACGACGAUUUCUAAAGACGAGAACUGUGUAACGGCGGUCGUACACCGGCUGAUGAAAGUAUCACUGGCGGUGACAGAUCAAGGAAUCGGAGUGAUCUGGAGCUCGUGUUACAUGUCAAGAGAUCGAAUGGCUCAGGAAUUUGCAAUGAGGAACAAUGGAUUGACAAAGGUGUUGCUCGUGAUGCAGAGUAAUUGCUUCGAAACGGUGAGGCAAAUCGGUGUGCCGUUCAUAAUCGCAACUAAGAAUUGCAAAAUCAAAAGUUCAAAUUCAUAA